CAACCGCCUUGGAGCACGCGCCAAAAAGGUUCCCACCGGAGUUCCGGAGGUCCUCCAUUUUCCAAGCGCUCACCAACGUGUGGUAACGUGGUCAGCCUGCCCGCCUGCUGCUUGGUGCUGCUCCUGAAGAUCCUCUAGUCGAGAGAUCCGUUCAGCGGGCACAUUUUUUGAGGAACCGAAGCACAACUUCACAAAACAAAAAUGGCAGAAAUUGAAGACACCCACUUCGAGACUGGCGACUCUGGUGCCUCAGCCACAUACCCUAUGCAAUGUUCUGCCCUGCGUAAGAACGGAUUCGUCAUGCUGAAGGCUCGUCCAUGCAAAAUUGUUGAAAUGUCGACAUCCAAAACCGGCAAACACGGUCACGCUAAAGUGCACAUGGUUGGUAUUGAUAUUUUCUCUGGUAAGAAGUAUGAAGAUAUCUGCCCCUCCACCCACAACAUGGAUGUCCCCCACGUGAAGCGUGAAGAUUACCAGUUGACAGACAUCUCUGAUGAUGGUUACCUUUGCCUGAUGGGUGACAAUGGUGAUCUUAGAGAAGAUUUGAAAGUCCCUGACGGUGAUUUGGGUCAGCAGCUGAAAGCUGAAUAUGACACCGGCAAAGAACUCCUGUGCACCGUCCUCAAGUCCUGUGGUGAGGAGUGUGUGAUUGCUAUCAAAACCAAUACUGCCUUGGACAAGUAAUUCAUUAUGGGUAUGUCUGAGCAUCUACAGGCAAGGGAUGGCUUUCAAGUCAUUGCUGGAGGUCUUUGCCAAUUGAAAUUUUGCUGAAAUCUAUCUGGUUUGUCAGAUAGGGUCUCUCAAUGUUUCCAACUAACUAGGUUGUAAUUAUGUAAUUCACAUUGAGAAUGUUGCCAGUUCCAAGUCUCUGUAUAUUUAAGGGUUUUUACUUCCUAGAUAGCAUAAAUUUUUAAAGAUUUCUUUUUUACAUGUAUGUGCCUGUUCUGGUAGCUAAGUAAAUAUACUUUGGUUUGUCUGGAAACAUUGUCAAUGAGAUUGUGCUGGACUGAUAAGGCAUAGGGCAAAUGGAUCCUCUGAACUGGGACUGUAACACCAUAUUGUUAUCAGCUUCUGUAGAAGUUGAAUUAUUUUGAAACGGUUUCUUUUUAAAAAAAAUAUAAAAUUAUGGAAGUACAAUAAACAAUGGCUUGACCAAGGACUGUCCUAAUAAAUGCUAGACACAACUUAA